AUGAAGUCGGGUCAUCUGUACAACUAUACGAGAUUCUACUCCACUGAGAAUAAAGCGGAAGAACCCUACAACAACAAUACCAAAAAUUCAAAAGACCCAAGAAAGUCGCUCUAUAAGGACCUUAAACGUUUAUUUCGUCUUGCAAAACCUGAGUAUGGCCUACUAGCGGGAGCAUUACUUUGCCUUGUGGGAACUUCCACAGUUUCAAUGUCCUUGCCAUUUUUCAUCGGCAAAAUAAUUGACACUACUAAAGAAGAUGAAGAGGAAAGACAAAAGAGCGACAAGUCGGAUGAACCGAAAAAGAUCUUGGGGUUCACGGAGGCGGAGUUUUAUUCAGGCCUUGGUGCCAUUUUACUCUGCGGAAGUCUAUUUAACUUUGGAAGAAUCUACCUACUACGGUCCGUUGGCGAGAAGAUGGUAGCAAGGCUACGGUCAAGGCUUUUUGCAAAAACGCUCUCGCAAGAUUCGUACUUCUUCGACGUUGGCCCUACCGGGAAAGGAAUGAACACCGGCGAUCUCAUAUCUCGUUUAUCGAGCGAUACCCAGAUCAUCAGCAAGUCGUUGAGUGGCAAUGUCAGUGAUGGUGCUCGCUCCUUGAUAAGUGGUAUUGUCGGCCUUUCGAUGAUGUGCUGGGUGUCCUGGAAGUUGUCACUUGUCAUGAGUUUAAUGUUCCCACCUCUCGUGUUACUGUCCACCUAUUUCGGUCGUAGAGUGAAGGAGCUCUCUAGGUCCAUUCAAAGCUAUUUGGGCGGAAUGACAAAGGUGGCAGAAGAAAAAUUUAAUGGCCUUAAAACCAUCCAGAGUUUUGCACAGCAGAAAAGUGUGACGCAUGACUUCAACGCUGAGGUCAAAAGUAUCUUCAACAAGUCUAUGACCGAAGGCAAGUUAAGUGGGGUUUACUAUUCCAUGAAUGGCUUCGUUGGCAACAUAACAUUAAUUGGGCUUCUUGUCGUGGGUACAAGACUUAUAGCCUCUGGAGACAUCACCAUUGGUGAUCUUUCUAGUUUCAUGAUGUAUGCGUUGUACACUGGAUCUUCGGUGUUUGGCCUUGGAAAUUUUUACACGGAGUUGAUGAAAGGUAUCGGUGCUGCGGAGCGUAUAUUCGAAUUAGUUGAUCUGAAGCCCAAAAUUCCAAUCAGUAAAGGAAAGAAGGUUGAUAAUUUACAUGGUGAUGUGGAAUUACGCGAUAUUCAAUUCAGCUAUCCAUCCAGGCUCAAUUCGGUCGUUUUCCGAGACUUGUCUAUCAAGAUCAAGAAGGGUGAACAUGUCUGCUUUGUCGGACCAAGCGGCUCUGGCAAGUCGACUAUUUCGCAGCUUCUCUUACGGUUCUACGACCCUAAUCGAGGCCAAUGCCUUGUAAAUGGCCAUGACAUCCGCGAUUUGAAUCUCAACUUCUACCGAAGCAACAUCGGCUACGUUCAACAAGACCCAUUGUUAUUUAGUGGAACCAUAAGAGAGAACAUAGUGUUUGGCAAACGUGAUGCAACCGUUGACGACAUCGAAUAUGCAAUACGUCUCAGUAAUGCAAACGCAUUUAUACAAGGUUUCCCCAAGGUCUUGACACCGCAGAGGUUAUCGCUAGCGCGUACGCUUAUCAAAAAACCUAAUGUUUUGAUUCUAGAUGAGGCAACUUCUGCAUUGGACUCUCGCUCGGAGGAAAUUGUGAUGAAAAACUUGGCACGGCUUGCCGACGAGCAGCAGAUAACGGUGAUCCUGAUUGCGCACCGUCUCUCCACAAUCAAGAAUAGUGAAAGAAUUAUUGUCCUUAGUUCUCAUGGCGAAAUUGUGGAGGAUGGUGAGUUUGAUGAGCUCUAUGCAAAUGAAAACAGUCAGUUGAACAAGUUGCUCAAAAGUGACUUGUUUACCGAAGAUGCCGAGUAA